ACCAUCCGUCCGGUGCGGAGGAGCUUUUAUGACCCAGCCUCGGCCCCAGGUCAGGGCUGGCAGUGGGAGUGGGAGAACGAUGCAGGUUCGUGGACAACCUACGACAUGGAGGUGGCCAUCGCCAUCGAGAACGCCCACAGCCGGCAGCAGCCCUGUUUCGACCUGACUCCACUUGGCUUCUGCUACGUCAUUGAUUUUCAGAACAUGACGCAGGUAAACCGACAGAGCCAGAGGUGUCGGAGACUUCAGAGACGAGCAGACAUAGCCUACCCUCUGGUGUCUGGUCCUGUCCCAAUACCUAAAGGGGGAGGAGGAGGAGCCCUGCUGGGUGUUGGGGUGUCGGGGGCUAGCCCAGGGACAGGAAGCUCUAUCUAUCCCAAUGGUGGCCUACCGGUUCCUGGACUGGGCCAGCCUUGUUCCUGCCAGCAAUGCAUGCUGGUCCUUAGUGUGAAGACCAAUACAGGAGGGCCAGGGAUACAGACACUAGGUAGACGCUCACUAACCAUGCAACGGGCCAGGAAUCUACCACCCAUCUCCUCAAAACCCCUGAGUCCGUCUAAAUCUGCCACCCUAGGGCGAGGACAGCAGCUGAACUCCAACGGCAACUCCAACUACUACCAGACACUGCCGCACGGCCUCGCCAUCUCCAGAAACAUCUCCUCGCCAAGAAGGAACGCCCAGCUCUUCGCUCAGUCCCUGGCCGCCCUCACCGCCGGAACCUCCACCCUGGUGGUCAGCUCGUCUUCCAACAGGCCGCCCCCCCCAUCCCUCCCACCCCCUCAGCCUCCAUCCUCCAAACCCAAUGCGGCUCCUCCGUCCAUCCCGCCCAAGCACUCCUCAUCUUCAGCCAACGAACCAGUGCCAACCGCCACAUUAGUUACCCCCGCCAACAAUGUGACCACGCCACCUUCUCCUGUGCCAUCACCGUCGCAGAUGCCGAUGAAGCCGCAGCACCCACUGUCGGCGGCGGCAACAAUGUGCCAUGCCCCGUUGCCACAGAGAUCUAGCUUAGCGGGGCUGAGUAGACCAGCGUUGCAGAGGAUAGCCAUGGCCCAGUCCAGAGCGCUCAUAGCUUCAGGUUGCAAGAAAAAGUAUGUGAACCCUUUGGAAACUUGA